AUGACGAGCGACACAAUCCGACGAACGCUCGACGAGCUGUUGCUCGACAAGAAGGGCAGCGAGAACGAGGCGAGAGCAUUCUUCCUCUCGCAGAUCAUCGACCAAAUACGACUCAUCAGCUCGCAGGUGAGCAACUUUGACUAGUAGUUAAUGCCGCGUCUAAUGUCCCGGAAAACCCGUAAAAACCGCAGGUUUUACUGUCCAAAGUCGGCCGAAAUUCGCGUGAAAAACAGGGGUGCGCACAGCUCAAUGAAUGCAACCGUACCCCUAAAACUACGGUAUGUUUUGAAAAUUUGCGCAAGAAAUUUGCAUAUUUUCAAAUAUCCUCAAGAAAUUAACAAAUUUUCAAAAAAUACCGUAGUUUUAGGGGUACGGUUACAUUCGUUGAGCUGUGCGCACCCCCGUUUUUCACGCAAAUUUCGGCCGACUUUGGACAGAAAAACCUGCGGUUUUUACGGUUUUUCCAAGACAUUGGACGCGGCAUGAAGCCUUUUCUAGAGGCCUUUUUAGCGUUUCAAACAUACAAUUAUUGAUGAGUAAUCCCAGAGCUCCACGGUCUCCAGAGCUGACAAUAUGGGCGUGGCCUCGGCGGCCAAAUGGCGUUUUCAUGAAUUGAGCACGUUUUCGCUGAUUUUAGUGGUGAUGAAAAAUGAUUGAAAACACACUAUUAUAGGGGCAUCUCACAGAAAUGGCGCUCUGUUCGCAAUCUGGCCGAACUUCUAGGCCGCGAAGUGUUUUUCCACUAAAAACGUGGCCUAACUUUUCAAACUCGGCCCCGAGGUCGCUCAAUUUGCACUGCAAAAAGAGUUUCUGAAUAGAGCGCCAUUUCUGUGCAGUGCCCCUAUAAUAAUUCUCAGAAUUAAUGACGUUUUGGCGCAUUUUUCGCGGACUUUGCUUUUUCGCCUUCGCCGCCGAUCGCCGCCUAAAAACCGCACUUCUCAUUUUGCGCUUUCUUGACCGUUUUCCGACAGAAUUGGUUUUGAGAAUGAUAAAUCACGUAAAUACAAGCGUUUUGAGCGCUCGAAUCGCGAAAAUUACCGAAAAGCAACGGAAAUUCGCGCAGUUUUAGCCGAAAACCUUCAAACGGCCAAAUGGGAUUUGCGACUUGACCAAAUUUGACGUUCUUGCGCUUAAAAAUUUCGUAAUAGCCUAUACAAUCGGUCUAUCGAGAGACAAAUAAGAAAUUAUCGAUUUUUCGUGGCUAAUCUGGCAAAAAAUACAAAUUUCGCGCCAAUGUAUCGCUCUAUUGGGCGGGGCGCCGCACAGAGUUAUUAAAAUGUUGCUCAGGGUUGGACAAAUAGCCUAAACUUGUUCAUUGCCCCACUUUUUCCAGACCGAUGCAGAAAUCCAACUCCGCAAGCUUCAUCUCAUCGACCCCAACGACAACCUAGUCAAAAGUGCAGCAACUCCUCCUCCUCCGCCACCGCCUCCUCCGCCACCACCACCACUUUUUGCCGUCACAGCGCCGAUCCCACCGCCUCCACCUCCACCCAAUCUUCUGUUCGGCGUACCGCCACCACCACCUCCACCGGCAGGACUGCUCAAGGCUCCGAAACCACGAACUCUUGCGGCUGCGACGACGAAUUCGGCAAAGGAGAAAGAGUGUCCGCGGUCGAUGGUGCCGAAAAAGGAGAAGAAGACAAAGACACGGACGGUGCAGUGGUCGAAGAUCAACGCGAACACUGUGCAGGACGACAGUGUCUGGGGCAAACUGGCCAAGGCGUCGCAGGUUCAGAUCGACUUUGAUCUGCUCGAUAACUUUUUUGGGAUCGAGUCGCAGAGCUCGCGGGGAACUAUGGAACACGCGAAGAAGGUGAGCAAUGCUUUCUGUUCAUUUUUUGUCUGAAAAAGGAUUUGUAGAGUAGAGAACUGCUCAUAACAGUAAAAAUCGCUGUAAUAGACUUUGCAACACCAUGGCGCAUCAAUGCUCUCGUACAAGUUCCCUGACUUUGGAGGCAUGUAUCUCAGCUCUCGACAGAGCUAUCAAAACGUGGUCAACUGAGAAAAUGCUCAGUGAAACAUUGUGUACAUUUUAUUAGUUGAUCACUUUUAAAAAAAAUGUUUGGUUCUAGAGAUACAGGCCUUCAAAGUCAACGGACUUGUAAGAGAACUUUGAUGUACCAUGUAACAUCGAUUUUACUGAUAUCCAACGCUUGAGCUCUAUCUCAUCGUCCGGUUCUCCUUAGCCUUAUUUUAGUUAUAUCCCACACGGUCUCCCAGGGCGCUAAUGCUAAACACAGUGCGCUCGUAAAUUGCGGAGUGUCGUUGUAACUUUUGAAAAUUUGCGCAGGUCUAAAAAUGCAGUUCAAUUCGAGUUUACGACCGCUAUUUCUUUCUUUUUGACUUGAAAAACGUCUAAAAAACAAUAUUUUACUGGUUGGAAACCGUUCUUUACAGAAUUUAGAGUUUUUCAUGUUUUUAGCGUCUUUUUCGCAUUUCGUCAAAACUUCAAACCCUUAUAUUUCAGCUCAUUUUGCAUUUUAUGAGCCCAACGAGCGAUAAAAAUGUUCGCUGAAUCUUUCUUCACAAAAUUCAGGUUCCGGCGGUUAGUUUUCUUGAGCAGUUUUCGAAAACUAUUCGAAAAACAUCAAAAUCCAGGCCAAAACCUUCAAAUCUAAAUAACUCGGCUGAUUCUCAACGAUAUGCAAGAUUUCUGUUACCAAAACGUAGCUAGUGCUCUAAUUAUUCGGAUCCAGGUUCCAGGCGCACAAAAAAAUAGGUGUAUUGUAUAGAAAACAUGGAAAGAACGCGAACUCCCGUUGAAAAUUAUUUAAUCGGCCGCCGCCGCGUAAAUCGACACGGCCCGCCUGUUGCAAGUGCGCCCCAUUGAAAUCAUUCGCGCCGUGGGAGACCGUGUCCCAGCUAAUAAAACGUUUUUCCAGAAAUCCUCGCGAAAAGACGCGCAAGUGGAGUUGCUCUCCGACAAACGCAGUCAAAACGUGGCGAUCAUGCUGAAACAGUUCAAAAAUGUCGACGCGUUUCUGGAAAAUGUCACGCUCAACAAACCGGUCGCCGAAAUCGACGCCCUCCAGAAUCUGUUCGCAAUGCUUCCGCAACCCGAUGAGGUACGCCGUUUGUUCGGCCUAAAAUUUCGUUUUUUUUUUGUUUUUGCAGGAAGAGGCGCUGAAACGGUAUUCGGGUGACGUGGCGAUGCUCUCGCCGCCCUCGCACUUCUUCCAACGAAUCGUCGCCAUUCCAUUCUAUCGAUUGCGGUGAGAGAAUAGUUGCUGAAAAUCUGCGAGAAUCAAGCGAAAUUUCAGAAUAGAAACACUUAUCUUCCUGUCGGAUUUCUCGCGAUUGAUGCAAGAGCUCGCGCCGAAUGUGCACGUGUUGAUGAGCGCCAGUGAAGGUGAGAGCAAACGCGCUCACAGCGUCUGUUUGCCUGAAAAAUGCGCCGAAAAUCGAUAAUUCAGAGAUUCUGCACUCGCCCACACUGCCACGUCUUCUGCUCAUUCUCGUCAACAUGGGCAACUAUUUGAAUAGCAACAAUGCGCAGGGAAACGCGUUCGGAUUCACGCUCAACUCCAUCUGGAAACUCAUCGAUUUGAAGGGCAACAAGCAGGAGGCGUCGCUCUCGCAUCUUCUCGUCACGGUGAGUGUGCAAGUGCGCUCCACCGCACUUUUGGCGACCACAUCAAUCAAUCAAUAAGUUCAGUGUGAACCCGGACUCGUGGCCCAGCUCGAAACGGAACUUUCUUCACUGAAAGAGGCCGCACAAAUCAGUUUCGACGAGAUCAAGACGAGUCUGCGUGCACUGAAAGAGAGCCGUCAGAAACUGGAACGGCAGUUGGAGCGGCGAUCGGACGACGGGCUGUUUGCUCAAUUUCUGGAGCUCAUCAAGAUCGAUUGCUCAUUCGAGCUGGCCGAAUUCGAUCAGAAAUACGAACAAGUGCAGCGACUCCAGGCCGAGCUGGCCGACUAUUUUUGCGAGAAUCGGAACACGUUCCAGUUGGACGAAUGCUUCAAAAUCUUCACUUUUCUCCUGAAUCGCCUUCAUUUGGCACACAAAGAGCACGUUUCGCGCGAGAAUCGACGCGCUCGGAAGGAGGAAAAACGAGUGAAAGCGAUGGAGAAUCGAGCGGAAAAAACGGAGGGAAAACGGACGGAAAACGGCGACUUUUUCGAGACGCUCACGGGGAAUUUGGACGCGGCAGAGAUGUGAGCGUUUAACUUGAAAACUAGACGCUGUGAGGGAAAAGUGUCAAUUGCAAAGUUGUAGGUCUUGAAAUUUGGGACAAUUUUUCAGUUGACCACUUUUUGAAAUAUCGAUUUGUUUUUGAGAUAUAAGGUUUUAAAGUUAAGGGUCCUUUAAGUUUUGUCAGGAAUACAAUGUUCUAUAAUUUUCAGAACUCGAAGACGGGCCAGCGACAUUAUGGACGUCCGCCAGAAGCUCGGAAAUGUCAGAAUUCGCAAGAUUCGAGAUGUGAUGACUCCGGAGAGGUACGGAUAUUGUUGAAAAAUGUUUUUCGAACGCUUUUUUCGUUAAAGGAUUCCAAAAAUUUCACGGUUUCUCCCAUUUUUCAGUUGAUUGACAUUUGUUCGGCACUUACUUAUUUUUUCACUGCUAAAAAAUUGUUUUCAUUCAGUCGAUACACGAAGUCGCGAGUUUUUCGAUUUUAUCGCGAAAAAACCGGUAAAAAAGCGGAAAAAAUAAAAUGGCCGAGAAGCGCAUAUUUCUAGGCCAUUGGCGCUAGGCCACGGCCACAACUUCAACUGCAUGCCGUUUCGUUCGUUGGCAUUUUUGAGAGGCAGCAUUUCACCAGUGUAUGAGUGGCAAUAAGAGACAAUUCAAACAGACACAAAAAAAUUUCACAAAAAAAAAUCAAAAAAUUUUUGGUCUUCCCUGGUCCUUCAAGUAUCGAUUUUCCACCUUCAAAACUCUGCAAAAACAGUUUGACACGCUCUCGAGAAACCUUUUUUUUUACAGUUUUACCCCUCCACCGCCGCUCGAAAGUCCCACGGAUAGCAGCAAAGAAAACGAGGAGAAAAGUGUGACGGCCACGAAGACUUCGUCAAAUUAUGAGCAGUGCAACGAUCUCGAGUCGUACAUUUCGAGUUUGACCAAAAAAGUUUGUCCGAGCGCUUUAUUUUUAUCAAAGAACUUUUUUGUUUUUUUGCAGAGAGCCACUCAUGUUCAGAAAGAGAAGGAAAGGGAGAAGGAGAAGGAGAAGGAAGUGAAAAAGGUGGAGGAAGAAGAAGAAGUGAAAAUUGAGAAGGCGACAAUAGUUGGCGAGGAAAAGAAGGAUAAUAUUAGGACGGAAUUGAAGACUUCUUCAAAAACCGCAUCAUCGAAACUAUUGAGGGCUCCGAGUACAGUAACCCGACCGACAGCUCUAAAACCGUCCUCACCACUUGGUCCCAUAGACUCUGGGACCGUCCGGAUAGUUAGUGUGACCACGGGCGGUCCCUCAAAGUUGGCGGAACUCCGAAAACCAGCGAUUCGAAGCCCGACGGAACGGAAAAUCACUCCGCCGCCCGUAAAGACAUCGCCCGUUUCGAGCCCGACUGCUAGUCAACCAAAGGGACCGCCAACAAGGGUUCAUCGAGUUGCGGUGGUCCCUCCGAAGACGGUCCCGACCAGUGGGACCACUGGAAGUCCUGCUGGCCGAAGAAUGAGCGCGCCGCUUGUUCGCAAACCGUCAAUGACCGCCGAGAAGAAGAGAGAGGUGGGUGGGACCGCUUUUUUUUUGGAUAUUUUUUCGAUAUUCAAGAAUUUUAAUACGAUUGACAAUAUUCAUUGACAAUCUAUCGAUAGACUCGUUCAGAUCACGAUGAAGCCGUCGGUGUCCACAUCCGCCCGUCCGUCCCUGAUCAACACGAGUUCAAGUCCGGUCGCCCGCUCGGCGCUGCCCAAAAUGAGUGUGCUCGAGAAGCCGAAGCCGUUGCGCACCACUCCGCAGCGCCCUACCGUAAUCCCGCAGCCGCCGACGCCCCGGGCAAGUGCGCUUCGGCAGCCGAGUUCCGCACACAAACCCAAAUGGGUCUAA